UUCACAAAUUCAUUCAGUAAAAUUGUCCCUUAUCUCUCAUUUCCUCUCUUCCCUCUUAAUCCGUGUGUCACAAAAAAUGCAGGGAGGAAAUUCGGACUACACCCAUGAAAAGAAUAAGAAACAAUGGUCUUCCUUGCUUUUGAUGUGCAUUCUCAUUGUUUUGUGUGUUUUCUUAGUCGUUAUCGGCGUGUUUUUGUUUCUUCAAUAUAAGGAAAUAGAGGACUUGAAAUUCAGAGUUACUCUUCUUGAAAAAGAAAAGGUGAUAUCAAGGGUCGAGAGUUUCCAUGUCAAGACUGAUAAGGUGAUACGAGACAAGCGGCAAUUAACAACGGCCCAAUACAGCAGCCUUUUACAGGAAAUAACACAGAGACAGCUGGAUGCCUUAAUGUCGAGGUGCGGAAAUGCAUCUAAGAUCUGCAUACCAGGCCCAAAAGGUGACGCCGGUCUUAAAGGUGACAUAGGUUUAAAGGGAGAUCCGGGACCACGUGGACCUCCGGGACCAAAGGGGGAUUCCGGAAGUGUUGGAACUUCCGGUUUAAUUGGACCUCCGGGUCCUAAGGGUGAAUCUGGUGCCACGGGACUCCAGGGAAAUCCUGGACCUCGAGGGGAAAAGGGCGAAAAAGGAGACAUGGGUCUUCAGGGACUUCCAGGGGUCAAAGGUGAAGCUCCUUCCCAGAAGUCUUUGGAUAUGUGUUGCAACAGAUUAGCUGCCCCUUCUAUUGUUGGGCCAACAAAUGACGUCAUGACGGUGGAACACGGACAUGACGUUACACUUCCGUGUAAGACUUCCGGUGCUCCGAAAGCUGAUACAGAAUGGAAUCCUGGGGUGGAUCCAACCCAGCAUGGGCGUUAUAUACAGUCUACAGAGGGACUAGAAAUCUCCAACGCCCAGUAUCUUGACAGCAGAAUGUUUACCUGUAAAGCUAGCAAUAUAUUCGGUAGCUACGAGAAACAUAUAUACCUUGUCGUCAUAGAUCCUAUUCAAUUAACCUUGACCCCAACAACCCUUGACGUCACAGCUUCCGCGACCCCGUCUUUAGACUUCCUCUGCACAUUCAAGGGACUUCCGCCUCCCCGUGUUCAGUGGUUUCAUCUUGGCCCGGAUGGAACGCGGCAUAACGUGACAUCACAAGCGCAGACAGGUGGUGGGCGGAGCACUCUGCAUAUCAAUAACCCGGAUGCAAUGAGUACUGGCCAAUACACGUGCAAUGUAUUGAAUGCUUACCAAUCACAGAGUCAAAUAGCCAACGUUACUGUUCAUUCAAAACCUGUUAUAAUGAAAGGACCUGGAACAGAAACAGCUACGAUCGGUGAAACUGUAAUUCUCCGAUGUGACGUGGCCGGAAAUCCACUUUCCACUGUAGAAUGGACUUUCCCGAAGACAGGUACAGCUGUACCUAAAGACGUAAGGAUAAAUCCAGACGGCUCUAUUACCAUAGUCCAUGUGGAUCAAUUCAGUGAGGGGGAUUACAUGUGCAACGCCACUAAUUCAUUUGGAUCCGCCACUGCAUCUGGUCAUCUUAACGUUAUAGUUCCGCUAGUAGUCCAAACAAAAACAGAAGAACUUCCGGUGACUUCGGAAACCUUCGUAGAACUCCAGUGUUCCGGAAGUGGUAAUCCCACACCUACGUUAACAUGGCAGAAGGUUGGGUCAUCACCUUUGAACUCUGACCCCAGUAAAUAUAUUAUGCUUGCCAAUGGUAACAUGAUUAUUACUGGAUUUAACCCGGAAAUAGACUCUGGACUUUACGUCUGUAACGGAACGAGUACACAAGGAACUGCCGGAGAUUACACGUUAGUAUACAAAAAUCUAGGACCUCUGCAGUGCAAUUCUACAUUCAAAGAAUGCUCCACUAAGGUCGGCGUGUCCUGUGGAGGUCAAUGUCCAGGAAACUGUGACGUCAUGAAUUCAGGGAUCGUUUACGGUUUUAAAUCUUAUACACCGAUGUCCCCAAUCUGUUUGUCCGGUAAACACAUGGGCGUGGUGGGUCGACCCGGGGACACGAUCAUCUGGUCAGUGGAGGCAGGGGGAGACACAUUUGAGGCAAAACAAAACAACGGCAUCACAAGUCAAUUCUCGGGCCCACUGGCUGAGAAGAUGACGGUCUAUACUAAACAACCCCAGUUGGGUGGGCACACCACUAUAGCGCCCAUAGCUCCACUGGGCGGGUAGCGCCUAUAGCUCUUCGUGGCGGGAACCUAGCUGACCAGAUC